AUGUCGGCCGCCGUACCUCGUGCAGCCAAACGCUUACGGCUGGCUCCCUCGCGGAGCUGGGUGUGUUCAGAAUGUCGGAGGAGUUUCGUGUCGAGCGUACGGCAAAGACAGCAGCAACAUGGCCAGGAAGACAAGACCACACAUUUCGGUUUCGAGACGAUAUCCGAGUCCAUGAAGGCGUCGAAGGUUGCCGGCGUCUUCUCCUCUGUGGCAAGCAAUUACGACGCGAUGAACGACUUCAUGUCUCUCGGCAUCCAUCGACUCUGGAAAGACCACUUCGUUCGAUCGCUCAACCCCGGCGUACAAUACGCCUCGCUACAGGAACAGCAAGAGGGGCAGAGGAUACUGGACAUUGCAGGUGGCAGUGGAGACAUAGCCAUUCGAAUGCUCGACCACGCCACGAACAUCAACAGGGACAACAAGACACAUGUCAUAGUGUCCGAUAUCAACCCGGAUAUGCUUGCUGAAGGACGGAAACGAUUAUCGACAACGUCGUAUCAAGCUGACGGGAGAGUGGACUAUCUCGAGGCGAACGCUGAAGACCUCAGCGCUGUCAAAAGUAGCAGCAUCGACUUAUAUACUGUCGCAUUCGGGAUCAGAAACUUCACACACAAGGACAAGGCUCUGGAAGAAGCUUUCAGGGUACUGAAGCCAGGAGGUGUCUUCGCUUGCCUCGAGUUUGCACCACAGCUCUCGAACCCUCUGUUCAAUGCUGUAUAUAAGAGAUGGUCGUUCAGCGCGAUACCACUGAUCGGACAGAUCGUUGCGGCGGACAGAGACAGCUAUCAGUAUCUGGUGGAGAGCAUCGAGCGGUUCCCUUCGCAGCCUGAGUUUGCGCAGAUGAUUAAAGACGCUGGAUUCUUGAUACCUGGGCAAAAGCCUGAUGGCACAUCGAUAGAAGGCGGUUGGGAGGAUUUGAGUAUGGGCAUUGCGGCGAUACAUAAGGGCGUGAAGCCGUUGUAG